UGCGUCAAUCCUCCCCCAAAUUUUCGCUAAACCAAAUAUCCAAAUAUUUUAUUUUUUAAAAAUUAUUUUUCCUUCAAAUUCAACUCAAACCCCCGAAAUUCCCCAUAAUUCUCAAACUCUUACUCGAUCGAUCGUCACAACGGUAGUGUUUUUCAUCUUAAUUUUCUUUUUUUCUUUCAAAAUAUUAAAAUCCUGAAUAAGUUUAUUUAGGGUUUAUAAUUCGAAGAAGGAUUAAUAAAUAAUAAAUAAAGUUUUAGAAGAAGAUGAGCUUUCAAGAUCUAGAAGCAGGUCGGGCAAGACAAAAUGGAUAUAAAAACGGAUUCAAGCAACAAGAUCCGACCCAGGCAAUAGCUUCUGGUAUAUUCCAGAUCAAUACUGCUGUUUCCACCUUUCAACGCCUUGUUAAUACCCUCGGUACUCCUAAAGAUACCCCUGAACUCCGUGAUAAACUGCACAAGACAAGACUACAUAUCGGGCAGUUGGUGAAGAAUACUUCAGAGAAACUCAAGCAAGCUAGUGAAACAGAUCAUCGUGCCGAAGUUAGUGCAAGCAAAAAGAUUACAGAUGCUAAACUUGCAAAAGAUUUUCAAGCAGUUCUAAAAGAAUUUCAAAAGGCACAGCGCCUUGCAGCUGAAAGGGAAACGGCUUACACUCCAUUUGUUCCUCAAGCUGUUCUUCCAUCUAGUUAUGCAGCCAGUGAAAUGGAUAUAAGGUCCGACAAAAGUUCAGAACAGCAGGCUCUUCUUGUGGAAUCUAGAAGACAGGAGGUUUUGCUGUUAGACAAUGAGAUUGCAUUUAACGAAGCUAUCAUAGAAGAAAGAGAACAAGGAAUACAAGAAAUUCAAAACCAAAUAGGUGAGGUAAAUGAGAUUUUCAAAGAUCUUGCUGUUUUGGUUCAUGAGCAAGGAGCUAUGAUUGAUGAUAUUGGCUCCAACAUUGAGAAUUCUCAUGCUGCAACUGCACAAGCAAGAUCUCACCUUUCCAAAGCAGCAAAAACUCAAAGAGCAAACUCUUCCAUGACAUGCUUACUUUUGGUGAUAGUCGGGAUCGUACUUUGCAUUGUGAUCAUAAUUCUUGCAGUUUGACCCCAAAGGUUGUAUAUUGGUCAGAAAUGGUGCGAUAUCCUUCGAUCAGAGUGAACAUAUUGGGCUCUACAAAAAUUGAUUUUUCUUUUGUUCAUUGUGUGAUAACAUACUUGAAAAUAUAUUUGAUUGCAGGGAUUUUUUCUGUAAGAAUAACAUGCUCUAUCUGUUCAGUCUUUCCUUAUUUUAA